UUACAAAAUGAUCAGGGGUUGGAGGGGGGGGCAGUCGGAGUAUCUAGGAAGCUACAAGGACGUAAGCCCUUGUUAGUUAUGCAAGAUAAAUUUGUGAGUCACAGGAGAGCCUAGUAGUUGUGUGGAGCGACUCCAGGCCGCUUCUUCUCAGUUUGCUUACGUUCCUCGAGUGUUUGUCCAACCGCAGCUGAUCGGGAGAAUCUAAUCAGCAGGCAGCAGUAGGAUGUUUUUGUAACAAAUCGCGUGUGAGAAAGGAAACGCGAAAUCGGCGCGAAAACUGAGUGGUGUCUUAGUUUAUUUUACCCAAGCUAUUGUUGAAUCAGAAAAUACCUGAGGAGCUCCCCCCCCCCCCUCUUUUCUGAUGACACGCAACGAGUAAUUUCACAGUCAACGGCUUCAACCGUUUAGACAAGCAAAUUUGUUAGGUCUGUUGCACUUGUUCGUUCUCACACCGUAGUUGAGAUAUAUAAACUUCGCGUCUUUACACUACAUUCUGAUAACGUGACACGCAGUAGCGAUCACGCACCACAAACUCUGUGUCUGGCAGCGCCUAGUUGGUACUGCAUGUUGCACCAGUGAUAAAAUCAACUGAUAACGGUUCGAGUAUUAGCACUGGGACAGUUGUGAUCUAAGCCAACACUUCUCGUUCGGCAGUGACUUUAUAUGGACCACCUCGCGUCGGCCUUUUGUAAUAUACAAAUAGGUGUGAUAAAAGUUUGUGAUGUGAAAUGCAUAAAACUUAACAGUUCUUUCAAUAAGGACCAAGUUUUUCAAUAAGUAUCGCUGUAUUAUGUCGACAACAAAUAAUUAUUAUUCUACUUUCGGAGAUCCUAGAUCUCUCCUGUAUUCACCCUCGAUACUUUAUUCAUCCGGUAGAACAAUUCCGGGCAACAGUUCCGGUGUUCUCGGUGUUUCUUCGUACACCCAUGUAAACCGGGCCGUCCCGAGCGCUGGUUCCGAGAGUCGCCUCGAUCCGCCACCGCAGAAGCCGCCCUACUCAUAUAUUGCGUUGAUAGCGAUGGCUAUCCGGAAUGCACCAGAACAGAAGAUUACACUCAAUGGGAUAUACAAGUUUAUUAUAGACAGGUUUCCCUUCUAUCAUGACAACAAACAAGGCUGGCAGAACAGUAUCAGACAUAAUUUGAGUCUUAACGACUGUUUCGUCAAAGUCCCGAGAGAGAAAGGCAAACCUGGAAAGGGAAAUUACUGGACUCUUGACUCCACUUCUGAGGAAAUGUUUGAAAACGGGAACUUCCGAAGAAGAAAGAGAAGAACCAAAGCACCUUAUAAACCUAAUACUGGAUCGGUGAAAAAGAACAUGGCGUUAACUGACAGAGGAAAACUGAAGAGGUCUCAAUCACAUAGUGAAACAAAAGAACCCCCACCGUUGGAAACAUAUUGGAAAGAAGACCGGGGCCUAGAAGAGCUAGAAGGAGAAAGAAAAAGCAGUGGAAAGGAUGCAGACGUGGCUCCAGAUAAAAAAAUGGAGAUGGAUAUUUUAAAUAAAGAGUCAUUUGAUGACACUCCGAACAUACUUGCUAAAAAUGGUCAUAAUUAUCCUCAAACUGAACUUCAAUGCAUAAAGGUCCCCAAUAAAAUGUUUAGCUCUACUGCUAAUAAGCUCAAGAAAAGUUCCUUCACCAUUGAGAGUAUUAUGAGCAGCAAUUCUUCGAGCUCUUCACAGUCAUCUGAAGAGAAACCCGUUUAUUUAAACAAAAUAUCUUCUAUGUGCUUAACUGAUCCAACCUUAACCAGGUUCAAAGUUAAAGGAUCACCUGUUCAAACGAACACUUCUGCCCUGGGCGAAAGUUCUCAGGAUCAGCCAUCACACCUAUUCCCAUUUUCUUAUCAACCACUCUUAUACUCCUCAAUGUCUUACGUUGGAGCUCUACAAAGACAUUCGUCCAUGCCAACGUCAGCCCAAAUGGGGAUUUUGCCUUACCAAUGUGCAGGGGUAUCUGCAUCCCCAUUAGUUUGGGGAUGUCCAAGAAGUAUGAAGCAGAACUCUUAUUCUUCUCUACCAAUGUGGUUCCCUAAUUUUUCUCCAUCCUAUCGUUGGAAUAAUAGUUCAGACCAACAAACACCAUUACUAACCCAAGAAAUUCUGCUCAGGUGACACCCCAUAUUGGAUAAUGAACGUUUGUAGAUAUGCAUUGAAUGUAUAAGUGAAGUUGUAGCGUAUUGUUCUUAUGAGGUAGAUAGUUAUAUAUUUUCUAACUUUUAACUAAAUAAACACUCAACUUAUAUAUAUAUAUAUAUAUAUAUAUGACCACAGGUUGGCUUAUUGCGUACAAAAAUAACUACAGUAAACUAAAAAAAUUACGAAAAGGUGUUUUGUGUGUGUGCUAGUUUGAAACUGGUUGGUAUGACGUGACCCAAUAUAACUAGUCAGUUAUCACAGUUGUCAGUCGCUGAUAAUGGUUUCAAAUACUGUUAGUAAGUCAUACGCUUUGGAAACAUUCGUGCCAAAAUUUGAUAAUUGUGAAAAAAUAAAAAGUAUAAAGAAAUGAAUAAUAUGUGCAUAAUAUUGUGUUAAUUGAUCUUGUGCAUAAUAUUGUGUUAAUUGAUCUUGUGCAUAAUAU